AUGGACAAUAAUAAUACUUCAAUCUUUGCAACAACCUCGGACGAAUCUUCAUACGCAUCAACCGAUAUUACACCUCCUAGUCAGCAGGAAGUAUACAUCUUUGACUUAACUGAGGAUGAUACCAGCUCCGCAGAUAUAAGCUUAUUGGAUAAUAAAUUACCUUUUGCUGAAUCAGAAGUUACUACUCCGGUUAUUCACGACAAGCGGCCGAAUAUGAAUGUCACUAGUUCAAAGCUGGAGUUGGCAAAAAAGAUCAUUUCAAAUGGUGCACAAUUUUCAAAAAAGUUACAAGAAAUAGAAAAAUCUCAAACCGAUUUACCAUUUCUUCUUUUGGUUCGUCAUGGUAUAGUCUAUCAGUUUCCAAAAAAUUACGAUAUCACUACUCAUCAGCAACUGAAAAAAUUAAUCAUAUGA